AUGGGCUGUACAGGUAGAAAGCGCAAGUCCGGAUCUUCAACAGAGUCCACUGCUGGAUAUGGGGACAGCAUCUAUUGGAGACCCGUCGUCGUUGUUGCAAUGAUGCUCUUCAUUGAUGGCCUUGGAUACUGCAUGUCUAUUGCUCCACAGACGCGUUUGUUCGAGGACAUCGUCUGCCGACAGUACUACAAGGUUGACAGCAACACCCCCGGCGGCGGACCUUCUGAGGAGAUGUGCAAGGACCCUGCAGUUCAAGACGUCGUGGCGGAGCUCUUUGGCUGGCAGACGUUCUUUGACGGCAUUCCUGGCUUGAUACUAGCUAUGUGGUUUGGUGUGCUUGCAGACAAGCAAGGCCGGAGACGAGUCUUCUUCCUCAGCGUUGUAGGACAGGUGCUGGGUGCUUGCUGGGUGCUUUUCAUUUCCUGGCUGGAAUUACCCCUUAAACUUGUGUGGCUGUCUUCAUUCUUUCUCGUCAUUGGCGGUGGAAGCACAGUCACUGGCGCUGUGGCCAUGAUGAUCAUUACAGAUGCGUCGCCUGAAAAGUACAGGUCAAAUAUCUUUUUCUAUGCUCAAGCUGCUCUGAUUGUCGCGGAGCUGAUCGGACCAGCGAUCGGUUCUGCCUUGAUGACCAACAGUCUUUGGUUCCCUUUGCUAUUGGGAUUAGCUUGUACGAUAAUCACGGCCAUUCUCGCAGGUACCAUCCCGGAAACACUGCCUCAAGGCGAAGAUGACUCGAUCGAGUCAGACAGGGAGGGCCUUUCAGAAGACUUGAGUCUUCGAAUAACACUGAAAAACCUGCUCAGACAUGUUCACAAGACUUUAGGAUUUAUCCUUCGCCAUCGUAGUGUCCUGUUCCUUGUGUUGACAUUUCUAGUCGUCGACUUCUCUCGACAAUCUCUCGGUGUUCUUCUACAGUACUUAUCAACGAGAUACGCUAUUCCAAUUGCCAAGGCCAACCUUCUGCUCUCAUUCCGGGCUUUUGCGCAGCUUGUAACCUUCGUCGCCAUUCUGCCUGUGCUGGAUCUUUUCAUUUCCAAUAAACUAGGCUUCUCCGCUCGAGUCAAAGACUUUCUCCUUUCCAGGCUCAGUAUUGUAUUUAUCAUGAUAUGCUUUGCAGUCCUGGUUCUUGCGCCAAGCAUACCUGUGGUUGUCGUCGGCCUGGCGUUCUAUACCCUUGGAAAUGGUUUUAGCUCAUUUGCCAGAUCGCUUCUCAGUUCAUUGGUUGAGAAAAACAUGGUCGGGACCUUGUUUACAACGCUAUCCAUGAUGGAUACCUUGGGCUCCUUACUUGCGGGCCCCAUUGUUGCUAGGACCUUCAGCUGGAGCAUGAGGCUCGAUGGAAUUUGGAAAGGUUUGCCUUAUGUCAUGUCUUUCGCCAUGUGUGGCCUGGCGUCCUUGGCGCUUUCUCGGGCAGGCCACGCAGACCUGCCAGAGGAACACCUUGAAAGUCAUGACGAUGAGGAGAGUAGAUCGUUUCUCGCCCAAGAAAACUCUGCCUAG